AAUGGAUUCGUUGUAUUAAUACCAAGAUAUGGCAUAGAAGGAAUUGUAUAUUCUUCAUCAGAUAAAGCAAAAAAAGUUUCAACAGAUUUAAACCUAGCACCUUUGAUUGUAUAUAAUUCUCACAAUAAUUGUUUAGAAAGUGUUAUAGAUGGUAAGGUUAUAAGUAUUAAAUUAUUUGAUAAAGUAGUAGUACAAAUAAGUGUCAAUGAAGAUUUAAUUGGGGGUGGUGAAGGAGGUAUGAGACAAAAAUUAAAAAUGGAAUUAGUUCAACCAUUUUUGCCCGGAUUAAGUGUAUCAAAUAACAAUAGUGGAUCUCUUAAUAAGGCAAAUGCAGAUGAUAAUGCAA